AUGGCUGAGAACCCUAGUCCAGAUGAGCGGGUAGCCAUUGAUGACCUGACCCCAGAGGAGGCCAAUCGAAUCAUACAUUCCCAUCGCAAGGUUCGCUACGGUACCGCAUGCUGGCCCUGUCGGCAGAGAAAAGUCAAGUGCGACAAUAAACAACCCUGUGAGAACUGCGUCAAGAGAGAGCAUCCAAGGCUAUGUUCCUAUAAGCCCAACCGCUCAUCAACCUCAAAGCCAUCGGGCUCUGGUGCACCUUCAGAAGCAAGCCAAGGUAUCGCCAGUCGCAAGAGGACACUUUCAUUCUCAGAGGCCCCUCGCGACGAGGGAGUGCGUAAGGUUGAGCGACAGGACAGUUGGCCGCGCACCCUUGCAAGCAUCGAUGAACCUGAAGUCGCAGCAGACCGUUACGUUGGGCAGAACAGUAUUCCGGCUCUACUGCGCGAGCAGUCUUCACCCGUUCACAAAGGCGACGGUCUUGACAUUCGACAAGACAUGAGGUCCAUUCUCGGCUUGGACACAUCGGCGCCCUUCCCGUUGAUGUCGUCGCAUCACCUUCAGAAACUGACGCAGGAUAUAUCGACUGAAUUGCCUUCCGACCGCGAGGUUAUGAAGCUGUUCCGCACGUACAAGGAAAUACCUCAGCCUUUUUGGGGAUUCGUUAUGGACAUUGAUGACCUCGAGGCCAAGCUCAUGACUUAUUUGGAAGAUCGAUCGCGAAAUGCGACAAGCGGCAGCAAGUCUACCAAACCCGUUACAGCAUCAUGGCUGGCAAUACUCUUUGCCGUUUUGGCCGUCGGAUCACAGUACCACGAAUCACCAUACCAUAUCCGUACCCGAGACUCUCAGCGCUUCAUUCAGAUAUCAUUUCACUUCCUCCGACUUGGCAACUUUCUUCUUCGGUAA